GGCAUUGAUACUCACGGUCUUGACUUAUCCAGACACAACCUGUACCACCUUGCAUGAACAAUGUUCCAAUGACAAAAGCUCAAAGGACUCCAACAGUUUGUGGAUUGUGUCACGAGUCGGGCGCUGACCCUGACUCAGAAACACUGACAGGAGGAAUUCUCGUUCGCGUGGACUGAAGGCCCGUAGCGGUGGGAUGGUGCCAGUGCGUGGUCAAGACCAUGUCACAGUGACAUGACGCGUCAGUCUAAUAGGAGCAUCACUCGCCGCAGCCGGCGAGCUCGGCGGGCGGGGUGAUUUCCUGGGGACCGACUGCGCAUUGCCACAUGCGCGAUCACUAAAAGUUCCACGCCGCGGCGCGCAGCUCGAUAGCAGCCUGCACCUGUGACCGCCGUCGCUUCCUUCUGCCCAGUGCCCCUACCCCCACCACACACCACCACCACCAUGGAGAAGGGAACCUACAUCCAGCCCCCGUUCAUUCUGCCCCUCCAGAGCACGGCGGCGCCGAAGUCCGCGCGCCCGGCGCGUGGGAGGACCCUGCGGCUCGGGCUCGUCGCGCUUGCAGCGCUCUCCGCUACCUGGACGUACCUUUCGCUAUCGGACUCCCCGUCCCAUGACAGGGCCGUCGCUGUGCCCAUGAACGCGCAGAGCGUGCUCGCGCACUGCGCGGCUCUCAAGCUGACGCCGGGGCCGCCCGACGACUUCCGCUCGCGUACCGUGUCGGACCGGUUCCAGGAGGGGACGAAGGCGACGCUGAUCAGGAACGCGACGAUCUGGACGGGUGCCCACGACGGACACGAGAUCGUCCACGGGGACAUCUUGCUCGAUAGCGGUCUUAUCAAGCAGGUCGGGGCGGUCGAUCUCAGCGCGUACAAGGACGUGUCGGUGCUCGACGUCGCUGGUGCUUGGGUUACGCCAGGCAUCGUCGACCUCCACACCAUCUCGGCGUGUUCAGCGCGCCCUCGCUGCUGGCACGUCCGACACCAACUCGUUCAAGGCCCCGUGCUUCCCUGGCUGCGCUCGUGGGACGGCCUGAACACGCACGACGACGCGUACCGCCUCUCCAUCGCGGGCGGCGUGACCUCCGCGGGACGUGUCCCGGGCAGUGCCAACGCGUCGGUGAGCUCUGCGGUCCGCGCCCGUGUAUCUGUCUAA